AUGGAGCCUCUGUCUGAACAGAGCGAUGCCGUCACUCGGCUGUAUGAGAUCCUUACACGGGCCAACUUGUCUGUGGCAUUCACCAAGAAAGUCCUGGUGCGGCCACCGUUUCCAUUUCUACACAAAGUGUGCACCGAAGCACUCGGUCGCAGUGGCAUCUUCAGCCAUGAGCAACUUACUCUCGGCAAUCUUACCACACGGGAGCAAAAGGCGGGAUUUCUCGUGCGGGCGCUGGCUUUCGUUGCAUUUACAUUGCGCGCCAUUCAAGCGGACUGUGUGUCCAUACUCUUGUUCGUCAGCCCCGUGCAGGUUCUCGCGGGCUUCGAGGUCGAUCGCACGCACGAAUUUCUCCGGCAGUUGGUCCUCGUGCAUCAAUUGAGCGACAUGGACGGUAUAAAGGCCUCGGCCGCAGCAGAGGUCCAGCUCAAGGGGGAAAAUCACUUGUACACGAUGGCGAUCAAGUUUCGGCGGGGACUGACAAAAGCUCAAGCGGCAGUUCGCCUCUUCCUCCGCAACAGAGCCAUGACCACGACCGACGGCAACAACAACGACCCCACUCCACCUGUUCCAGGCACCAAGUUCCUCAAGGUAUUUGAAGGGUUCGGGACGUUUGAAGGCGUCGUACGCAGCGCCACCGACGGCGUGUACGUUGUGUACUAUGCCCAGGACGGCGACGAAGAGGAAUUGGACGAACAGGAAAUGCUCGAAGUGUUGCGGCAGAGCCGACAGCUUGAGGCCGCAUCCAGUGUGGUGGCACCACCCCAAGUUGAGUCGUCGGCUGACCCAAGCCCACCAAACACUCGUACAGUCGAGUUCGUGCCAGUCAAUCUAUUUGGCGACCUCGAGCGUGAACUCCCCUCUCGGCAACAACAAGAGGUGACUCGGAAUACGCCUUCAGUGUCGCCUUCACGUAACGCUGCCGCCGCAACUGCAUCAAAGCAGCUGGCUGCAUUGAUGCAGUGCGAUGGACUGGUGUCCCAAGGCAGUCCAAGUCAACCGGGCGAGGUACUUCUUGGAGACAAAAGCGACCUUUUCAGAAUAGCACUUCCCAAGCCAGCGACCGCCAACGCUUCAAACAAUGACGGGACGUCCCCUCAACCGAACGUUGGCGAGCCCCUGUGGCGAAAAAAGUUGCUGGCUCUGGUGCACCCAAAUGGAGUGGCAGCCAUUCCCAAUCCCACCACCCUGUACCCCCCAUCUACAAUCUCCAAGUAA